AUGUGUGGGGUUAAGAAUCUGCUCCUGAUGGCUUUGACAACUCUGCUGCUGAUUCUCUUCUGCAGCAGAUCAGAAGCAGCAAGCAACUUUGACUGCUGCCUCCGAUAUACAGAAAAGAUCGUCCCUCCCAGGUUUAUCGUCGGCUUCACACAGCAGCUGGCUGACGAAGCCUGUGACAUCAACGCUAUCAUCCUUCACACAAGAAAAUAUGCUAUCUGUGCUGACCCUAAGGCCGCGUGGGUCAAAGACGCUGUGCGGAAACUAAGUCAGAGAAUUAAGAAGAUGUGA